UUAUUUUUAUUUUCGUUCUAAUUUUCUCGUUGUUUUUAUCUUUCUUUUUCUCCUUUCCCGCCUUCGCUCACACGGAACCCUAGCUCUCAAAUCCUCCCUUGAAACCCUAGAUUCAACCAUGAUCUCCACCUCGAGAUCGCUUAUUUGAACCCCUAAACCUUGUGAUGUGAUUGUUUGCCCCAACCCUAGCUUUCAAUUUCGACGCCGAUUUCACUAGCUUUAGCUGGAACGAUGCCGUCGCUAAUCUCGCCGGGGAAAAUUCACCGCCUGGAGCUUGAGAACUUCAAACGUACAAAAGGGCACCAGAUCAUCGGUCCUUUCUACGAUUUCACUGCGAUUAUUGGUCCUAAUGUCGGGAAGUCUAACCUCAUGGAUGCUAUUAGUUUUGUGCUUGGUGUUAGGUCUGUACAGCUUAGAGGGGCGCAGCUCAAGGAUCUCAUCUAUGCCUUUGAUGAUCGAGAGAAGGAGCAGAAGGGGAGAAGGGCCUUUGUGAGGCUUGUGUACCAGACGGGGAAUGGGUCUGAGCUCCAGUUCACGAGGACUAUAACGGGAUCAGGUGGUAGUGAGUAUAGGAUCGACGGAAGGGUUGUUGGGUGGGAUGAGUACAAUGGCAAGUUGAAAUCUCUUGGAAUCCUUGUGAAGGCCCGUAAUUUCCUCGUUUUUCAGGGUGAUGUGGAGUCAAUUGCCUCAAAGAACCCGAAGGAACUUACUGCACUUCUGGAGCAGAUCUCUGGAUCUGAUGAAUUGAAGAAAGACUAUGAGGACCUGGAAAUUCAAAAGGCCAAGGCUGAAGAAAAUUCAGCACUUGUUUAUAAUCAGAAGAGAACAAUAGUCAUGGAGAGAAAGCAAAAGAAAGCACAAAAGGAAGAAGCUGAGAAACAUCUCCAAUUGCAGGACCAGCUGAGAUCACUGAAGAAAGAACACUUCUUAUGGCAACUUCUUAAUAUUGAAAGGGACAUGGAAAAGAUUGAUGGGGAGCUUGAAGAAGAAAACAAACAUUUGAACGAUGUUUUGAAGCUAAAGGGGGAAUCUGACCUGGAGUUGGACGCAAGAAAGAAAGAACAAGCUAGUUAUCUGAAGGAGAUAGCACAGUGUGAGAAGAAAAUCUCAAAGAAGAAAACUGAACUCGAUAAGAAGCAACCGGAGCUUCUGAAAUUAAAAGAAGAAAUCUCUCGCAUUAAUUCAAAAAUUAAAAGUAGCAAGAAGGAGCUUGACAAAAAGAAAGAAGAUCAAAGGAAGCAUGCAAGAGAAAUAGUGAAGCUGCAGGCUGCUUUACGUGAUGUUGAGGGAGCCAUCAAGGACCUGAAUGAGAAGGGUAAAGACGAAGCUGGGAAACUUCAGUUAUCUGGUGAUAAGCUUGAGGAAUAUCACAGGAUUAAAGAGAUAGCUGGGAGGGAAACUGCUUACCUAAGAGAUGAGAAGGAGGUUCUUGACAGGCGAUUGCACACUGUUGAAGAAGCUUAUAAGAACUUGGAUGAAAAUUUUCAACAGCUGACCAUUCGUGAGGCAGAGUUAAAGUCACAGCGGGAACAAAUGCUAACAAGAUUAAAAAAGCUUGCUGAUGGAAUUGCGAAGCAUAAGGAAGAACUUUCACGUGCCAAAAAGGAACUUGUUGAGGUUUUCAAAAAAAGCAUCAAAUUCAUGCAGUAUCAGAAUUUGAAGCAAAAAGUUGAUGAAACUGAAAAUCAGUUACGUGAGCUGAAGGCUGAUAAACAUGAAAGUGAGAGAGAUGCCCGAUUUGCUGAAACAGUUCAGAGUCUGAAAGCUGACUGUUUCCUGGGGUAUAUAAUUAGCAUGACAGAGCUUUAUAGACCAUCACAAAAGAGGUUCAACCUUGCUGUUACUGUUGCUAUGGGUAGAUUUAUGGAUGCUGUAGUUGUGGAAGAUGAAAAUACAGGAAAAGAAUGCAUCAAGUAUUUUGGAAGGAGACAGCAUCUUCCUCCUCAAACAUUCAUCCCUUUACAAACAGUUCGUGUGAAACCUAUCAGAAGAUUGCGCACUCUUGGUGGGACUGCACAGCUGGUUUUUGAUGUGAUACAAUUUGAUCGAUCCUUGGAGAAGGCUAUUCUGUAUGCUGUUGGGAAUACCCUUGUCUGUGACAGUCUUGAGGAAGCUAAAAUUUUAAGCUGGAGUGGGGAGAGAUAUAAGGUGGUCACUGUUGAUGGCAUCCUUCUGACAAAGUCUGGCACCAUGACUGGUGGUAUAAGUGGUGGGAUGGAAGCUAGAUCAAACAAAUGGGAUGAUAGUACAAUUGAGGCUUUUGAGAGAAAGAAAGAACAAUAGGAAUCAGAAAUGGAAGAGCUUGGAUCUCCAAGAGAAUUGCAAAUAAAAGAGUCUGAAUUAUCAGAAAGAAUCACUUCUCUUGAAAAAAAGAUUCACUAUUCUAACAUUGAGGAGAAAACCAUUCAGGAAAAGCUUUCAAAAUUGAAAGUAGAAAAGCAAAAUGUUAGAGAGGAGAUUGCUCGGUUAAAUCCUGAACUUGAGAAGUUAACAAGGCUCAUUGAGGAAGGAGCUCAAAAUAUUCAAGAUCGUGAACGUCAGAUCAAUGACAAGGUGGACCAGAUUUACAAAGAUUUCAGUGAGUCUGUUGGAGUGAAGAACAUCAGGGAAUAUGAAGAACAACAGCUCAAGAUUGCUCAAGAGUCAUCUGAGGAAAGGCUGAAACUGACCAACCAGAUGUCUAAGUGCAAAUAUCAGCUGGAGUAUGAGAGGAAACGGGAUAUGGACUCUCCCAUUGCAAGGUUGAUGUCACUUCUUGAUUCAUUGGUUGAUGAACUUAAAGAAAUCCAGACGAAAGAGGCUGAUGCUAAACUAGCAGCAAAAGAAAUCGCAGAGCAGAUGGAACAACUUAAGGAUGAAGCUGAUGAGUGGAAAUCCAAGUUGGAUGAAUGCGACAAGGUUAUUGAAGAGUUAAAGAAGCAUAAUAGUGGUGUGACUGGGAAUAUUGCAAAAUUGAAGCGCCAAAUAAAUGCAAAGGUGGCUCACCGUGAUCAGCUUGAUACAUCGAAAAAAGAUGUGUUGGAGAAAUGUGAACUUGAGCAAAUAAAGCUUCCUGUGGUUGCGGACCCUAUGGAAAUUGAAUCAUCUGCACCUGAGCCAGUCUAUGACUAUAGUGAAUUAGGCAGGACAUAUUUACAAGAAUUGAGACCUUCUGAGCGGGAAAAGCUUGAGGCAGAUUUUAAACAAAAGAUGGAUUCUCUAGUAGCUGAAAUUGAACGAACAGCUCCAAACCUGAAAGCACUAGAUCAAUAUGAAGCUCUACAAGGAAAAGAAAGAGAAAUAAUUGCAAAGUUUGAAUUAGCAAGGAAAGAAGAAAAAGAGAUAUCAGAUAGAUACAAUGCUGUCAAGCAAAAGAGGUAUGAGUUGUUUAUGGAAGCUUUUGAUCAUAUAUCUAAGAGCAUCGACAAAAUCUACAAGCAAUUAACAAAAAGCCAUACCCAUCCACUCGGUGGAACAGCAUAUUUGAAUCUAGAAAAUGAAGAUGAACCUUUUUUACAUGGCAUCAAGUAUACAGCAAUGCCUCCUACAAAGCGCUUUAGAGAUAUGGAACAGUUGUCAGGUGGGGAGAAGACUGUCGCUGCACUUGCUCUACUCUUUUCAAUUCACAGUUUUAGGCCAUCACCCUUUUUUAUCCUUGACGAAGUUGAUGCCGCUUUGGAUAACUUGAAUGUCGCUAAGGUUGCUGGGUUCAUUAGAUCAAAAUCAUGUGAUGAGGGCAGGUCCAGCCAAGACCCAGAUGGAGGUAGUGGUUUUCAAAGCAUUGUUAUAUCUCUGAAAGACAGCUUUUAUGACAAAGCUGAAGCCCUAGUUGGAGUGUAUAGAGACUCUGAAAGAAGCUGCUCAAGAACUUUAACGUUCGAUCUGACCAAAUACCGGGAAUCAUAAAGCUUCUUCGAUCGUUAUGUACCAUUUGUUAGACUUCUGUUGUACAUAUCAUUCUAGCAAUAGUUUAAUGACUCCUGCUUUGAUGAUUGUUUGAUCCUGUUAGUCUUGUGUGAUACUUGCUUACUGUGUUUCUUGUAAUUUAGCCAAAAUUCAGAGAAAGUAUUUGUACCAAUUGGAAUCUAAACAUGAACCCUUUGUUUAGUUACAGACUCAAUUGUUCUAUUUCCUACGUAGCAUCGAAACAAAACCUUUAGAUUUA